GGAGCGGGCGCCGCGCGCGCUCCCAUUGGCCGCCCCGCCGUCAGCUGCUCCUAUUUUCUGCUGUCGCUUUUGGCGCUCGGCCAUCCAGAAACAAACCACUUCGAUGACUCCUAAUAGUUAUCGCCAGAUGUACUAAUACACAACAAAUCACGGUCCGGGAGAGGGGGAGAGCAAAUGAGUUCCUAUUUUGUGAAUCCCACUUUCCCGGGGAGCCUGCCCGGGGGCCAGGACUCCUUCCUCGGGCAGAUCCCCCUGUACCCGGCGGGCUAUGAUGCUCUCAGGCAUUUUCCGGCUUCGUACGGGGCAAGCAGCCUGCAGGACAAGACUUACACCUCACCUUGUUUCUACCAACAGUCCAACACCGUCAUUGCUUGCAGUCGGGCUUCCUAUGAGUACGGAGCCUCUUGUUUUUAUUCGGACAAGGACAUUAGUAGCGCCUCUCCUUCCGGCAGUGGCAAACAGAGGGGGCCCGGGGACUACCUGCACUUUUCUCCCGAUCAACAGUACAAAACCAGCGGCGGCCAAGCCAAAAUUAUAAAUGACGAAGGCACCGACCGGAAGUACACGAGCCCUGUUUACCCCUGGAUGCAGCGGAUGAACUCCUGCGCUGGUACAGUAUAUGGAACACAUGGGAGACGAGGGAGGCAAACUUACACCAGAUACCAAACGCUAGAGUUAGAGAAGGAAUUUCAUUUUAACAGAUACUUAACCCGAAGACGACGUAUUGAGAUUGCAAACGCUCUCUGCCUUACUGAACGCCAGAUUAAAAUAUGGUUUCAAAACAGGCGGAUGAAAUGGAAAAAGGAAAACAAAUUCAUAAAUUCCACACAGCCCAGCAGCGAAGAAACAGAGGAAAAGUCAGGGGAGUAGAACCACGUUUAAUAAACGCUACCAGGCCUUUCCUUAGCGCUUACUACUACUAUUAUUAUUAUUAUUUACCUUGUGUUCCUUCUGCUACUGAAAUCCUAUAGGUUUGUCACAGUCUAUUAAUCCCCAAAAGGCUUGGUUAAAAGAUGUAUAUUUGCAAUCAUCUGUGACUUACUCUAAUAUAUGUGGAAGCCCCAGCUUUCGAGCUACAGGCAUGUAUGUAUGUAA